AUGGCUGGAUGGGUGUGGCUUCUUCGGGACUGGAAUUACUGUGGUAGCCUUGAGACACUUGGGGACGACUGCUUGACUCAGCGAGAUGUUGAGGAUAUCACAAAACGGCCAAAGAAGUCAUUGAGGCUGUCAAGUAAAGACAGAGAUCCUGAAGAAGGACUUCAGGAACCUGGUGGAGAAGGUUCGCACCACAUCGCCCCCGACGAGGAUCAUCGUGUCAGGACCACGUCCCACGUUCCAGAGAGGAAUCGAAUGGCUCUACCAUUACGAUGGCCUGCACCCAAGCACAGUUGGAGCAGCAGUCCUCUCGGACAACAUAUCCAGGACAUUGCGCACCAUCUGACUGUAUUUGGAUGGGUGAGCGAAUACUUUUGGCAAUAUAGUGUAGGUAAAGAAAAAGAAUUUCCUAAGUUUGGGCUUCUUAACAUUAGAUCCCUUGCACCGAAAACACUUAUUAUUAAUGAAAUGAUCUCAGAUUAUAGUUUCGACACACUCUGUCUUACUGAAACCUGGCUUAGAUCAAAUGAAUACAUUGGCCUAAAUGAGUCUACUCCGUCAGGAUAUUCAUAUAAGCAUGAGCCCCGUCAGAUAGGUCGUGGUGUUGGUGUUGCAACCAUCUAUAAUAAUUCUCUUACCGUUACUCAGAAAACAGGACCCAGGUUUAACUCAUUUGAAGUGGUUGUCCUUAAUGUUGCACUCUCAGACAGGCAUAAAAAAUCCCUACUAUCUCUUGCUCUGGCCACCGUGUAUAAACCCCCGGGGCCCUACGGUGUUUUUCUUAAUGAGUUUUCACAUUCACUCUCAGAUAUUUUGAUCAGUUUUGACAAAGUGUUAAUUGUAGGAGACUUUAACAUUCAUGUAGACAAGGCUAACGAUGCAUUAGGACUCGCAUUUAUAGAUUUACUAAAUUUCUUUGGGGUUAAACAAAACAUUAAUAGCCCAACUCAUCGUUUUACUCAUACACUAGACUUAGUUAUAUCACAUGGGACUGAUGUUUCCGAUAUAACUGUUCUACCUCAAAGCGAUGACAUCACAGACCAUCACCUCUUAGUGUACACUCUACCUGUAGAACAUAUUAGACACAUCUCUCCACGUUAUAAACUUGGUAGAACUAUAACUCCGACCACUAAAGACAGAUUUACAAACAAUCUGCCAGAUUUGUCUCAACUUCUUACUAGACCCCUAAAUGCAGAUGCACUAGAUGAAGUAACCAACAGCAUAGGCACUAUUUUCACCAGCACACUAGACACUGUUGCCCCCAUCCGACUAAAAAAGGUCAGAGUUAAAACACCUGCACCACGGUACAAUAGUCAUACUCACGCCCUCAAGAGAGCAACCCGUAACCUCGAGCGAAAGUGGAGAAAAACCAAAUUACCAAAUUAG